AUGGCGAAGAAGCAGAAGAAGCAGGGUGCUGAUGGCAUCAACACCCGCCUUCAGCUUGUGAUGAAGAGCGGAAAGGUUUGCCUUGGGGCAAAGACUGCGGUGAACUCUCUACGAACCGGCAAAGCAAAGCUAAUCAUCAUCAGCAACAACUGCCCACCUCUCCGCAAAUCGGAGAUCGAGUACUAUGCGAUGCUCGCCAAGUGCGGUGUCCAUCACUACCCUGGAGACAACAACGAGCUCGGGACAGCAUGUGGGAAGCUGUUUCGUGUAAGCUGCCUGGCUGUAACAGAUCCCGGCGAUAGCGACAUCAUUCGCUCUGUAGAGUGA